AUGAAAAAGGAGUCCAAGAGAUUGAAGACUGUUGUCAUUAUAGUUCUGCCAGUGGUUGUGGUUGUUGUACUUGUGGUAUUAAUUGUCAGCAUGUUAGUCUUUUUAAGAGCAAGAAAACAAAAGGAUGGAAUUGCAAGUUUACAAGUGGAUGACUCUGCAGACUUGGAAACUUUGGCAUUUGACAUCAGUACUAUAAGAACUGCAACAGAUGACUUCUCGGAUGAAAAUUAUAUUGGAAGAGUUGAAUAUGGAGCUGGAAGCCUUGUUAAUGAACAAGUAAUAGCAGUGAAAAGGCUCGACCAUCACUGCAUGGAAGGAGAUAGUGAGUUUAAGAAUCAAGUCCUGUUACUGGCUAAACUUCAACACCCGAAUUUAGUUCGAUCCAUUGAAAGGUCAAGAUUUGGACAGGGGACACGCUACAAAAUCAUUGGAGACAUUGUUAGAGGCCUUGUUUAUCUUCGUCAAGAUUCUCAAAUUAAAGUUGUCUAUCAAGAUCUCAAAGCUACAAAUAUUUUAUUAGAUCCAGAAAUGAAUCCUAAAAUUUCUGAGUUUUGCAUGGUAAAGAUGUUUCGACCUCGUGCACUAAGAAAUACAAGUCAGGGAUACAUGACUCCAGAAUAUGCAAUAGCCGGAGCAUUUUCAAACAAGUCGAACAUGUUUCAGUGUGGUAGUUUUGGAGAUUGUGACAGGCAUGGAGAAACUAGAGGGCAGGAACAACACUAA